CAGCGGCUUUCAGUCGUGCGCGUGGACAACAAAACCGGCCACACGCGCCACCUCCAUAUUGCAUAAGGCCAAAAUUGGCCGGUCAAAAAUGUUAAGCUGUGGUAGAGUUAUCGGACAAUUGCCAAAACUUACGAGGCAUUCCCAUGCUAAUCGUUUUUGCCGACCUUUAAAAUAUAUUGGAAUUGUUAGCAUUAAUAAUUCAUGGUUCAGUUCCAAUGUGAGUGACAAGAAAACAUAUAAGCCUCCAGGCACCACCAUAAAACCAGAAGAAUGUGUACCUGACAGUACGUAUUUAAAACCAAAGAGAAACAUACCCUUAUGCGAAUUAUCUCCUAAUGCAACUUGUCCAUCAUCUUGUUAUGAAGUUUGCGGAAAAUCAGAUGAUUCUCAGAGUUCUAAACCACCACCACCACCACCACCACCUUAUUGGAAGAUAUUAGCAACUUUGCUUAUUGCUGGAGUUACAAUAUACGCGAUAUCUUCCUCAAAUUGGUUUACCUCUAAGAAAUCAGAUUCUCAAAAGGAUGUAGAUAAAAAGGAUUCAAGGAGACAUAGAAGAACUGAUAAAAUUAAAUCACCACCAACUUCUAGUUCAUUCCCUCAACAUGUACCUUACCUUUUAAUAGGUGGAGGAACAGCUGCAUUUUCUGCAUUUAGGUCUAUCAAAUCUAGAGAUCCUAGAGCUAAGGUUUUAGUAAUUACAGAAGAAGGAGAUUUGCCAUAUAUGAGACCACCGUUAUCUAAAGAAUUGUGGUAUAACACAGAUAGGAAAACAAGUGCACAGUUACUUUUUAAACAGUGGAAUGGAGCUCAAAGAAGUAUAUUUUACGAGCCACCUGAAUUUUAUUCAAAAAUUAAACAUUUGAUUGAGUCUGAAAAAGGUGGGGUGGCUGUGGCUACAGGUUGGAAAGUUACAAAAGUUGAUGUUUCAAAUAAAAUUGUAACGUUGGAUGAUGGUUAUGAAAUAAAAUACGACAAAUGUCUAAUUGCAACUGGUGCAUCGCCUAAAAAUCUUCCAGUUUUUGAGUCACUUCCAGACGAGGUUAAAGAUAAAAUUAGGACGUUUAGAACAAAAGAACAGUUUCUUGAUGUAGAAGAUAAUGUGCAUAAUCCUAAAUGUAAAAAUAUAGUAAUAGUUGGUGGAGGAUUUCUUGGAACGGAACUCGCUUGCUCACUUGCUCGUAAUUUACCCGAAGAUAAAAAAGUAUAUCAAGUAUAUAAAGAGAAAUUUAUGAUGGAUCAAGUAUUACCGCAAUAUUUAAGUGAAUGGGCAACAAGAAAAGCAACAUUGGAAGGUGUUAAUUGUAUUCCAAAUUCUGAAGUUGAAGACUAUUAUUAUAAGAAUGGACAAUUAUCGCUGAUUCUUUCGGGAAAUAACGUUAUUGAUGCUGAUGAAGUGAUUGUAGCGGUAGGCGUUGAACCAAAUACUGAUUUGGCGAAAGUUUCGCAUUUAGAAACAGAUCCUGAAAUAGGUGGCUUCCUCGUUAAUGCAGAAUUGGAAGCAAGAAGUAAUCUCUGGGUUGCUGGAGAUGCAGCUUGUUUUUAUGAUAUCAGACUGGGUAGAAGAAGAGUAGAACAUCACGAUCACGCCGUAGUUUCAGGAAGAUUAGCGGGAGAAAAUAUGACUGGUGCAGGAAAACCAUAUCUUCAUCAGUCAAUGUUUUGGUCCGACCUAGGACCAGAAGUUGGAUUUGAAGCAAUUGGUAUUGUAGAUUCUACACUGCCAACUGUAGGAGUUUUUGUAAAAGCAGAAAAAACUGAUACUUCGAUAACAGCCAUCGAUACUUCAAAUGAAACCGUUAAGUCCUCAAAUGAAAAGAAGUUAAAUUCAACGCAAUCACAAAGCUCAAACGAAAAUGAUAAAUCAGUACGUAAUGUUGAUCCAAAAUCUACAGCAGAGGAACCUACAAAUUAUGAUGACUUUGAAAAAGGAGUCAUUUUUUAUUUACGCGAUGAUAUUGUGGUUGGAAUAGUUCUUUGGAAUAUUUUUAAUCGGAUGUCAAUCGCCAGGCAGGUACUUGCUAAGGGCACAAAAUAUGAUGAUUUGAAUGAAGUAGCCAAACUAUUUACUAUUCACGAUGACUGAUUCCAUUAGUGCAAAGCUUAAAUGACAAUACUGUGUCAUUGGUGUAUAUACGAUUAUUUAUCUACUAAUUCUGAAAGAUUUUACCAAUAAAAAAAAUCUACAAUUUAUAUCUUGUUCCUAAGUUUGAAAGGUACGCUUGUAUAAAUACUGCACAUACCAGGUACAAAGUAUUUUCAAAAGAAAUUUAUUAGAUAUUCACACGUGUUUGUUAGAUCAUUACAACCUGUGAAUUUUAUUAGAAAAUAAAUGAAAAACUGCUUUAUUAAUUAUUUAA